CCCUUGAACGUUAAAUGGUGUCAUUUUCCUAUUGGACGUUUCCCUACUAAUCAAUAUUUAUUUCGCGUGUCAUUUCCCCAUUGGUCAAUAUUAUUUCACGUGUUAUCUUUCUGUUGGUCAAUAUUUAUAGUAAUCCUAACUGUAUAAAUAUGCAUUUGUUUGUAAAUCAUGAUUCGGCUUCUGACCCCAUAAACAAUUUUUCAUCUACGGUUCGUGUUCUGAUAUAUUGGAGAUUGGGAAUAGUAUUGGGGUCAAACUGGGAUAUCUGAAGCUAGUCAAUCGGUAGAAAUUAGAGUAGUCACCUCGCGAUACACAAUAAUUUGGCGACGGAGAUUCAGCAAAGAAUUUGGUGAUUAACCAUGGAUCCAGCCAAACUAGAAAAAUUGUUCGAACAGCAGUUGAAGCUGAUGGAGAUGAUUGCUCACACGCACAUAUCUUCUCGAGUUCCAACUACACCGACAAUUCCUGAAUCAGUUGAUGGUAUUACCAGUGGUAUUUCAGAAUUCCUUUAUGAUCCUGAUGCCAACAUUACAUUUGAUACCUGGUUCAGACGCUAUGAAGACCUUUUCAAAGUUGACUUUGCUGACAGAGAUGAUGCGUGGAAGGUGCGUCUCCUGCUUCGUAAACUUGGUCCAUCCGAGCUGGAUAAGUAUUGCAACUUUAUUCUACCGCAGAACCCACGUGACCGUUCGUUCGACGCCACUAUUCAGUCCCUUAGCCAACUUUUUGGUGAUCAUCACUCACUCUUCAGUACUCGAUAUCGCUGCUUAAAACUGAUCAUGAAUGAGUCCGAUGACUUCCUGACCCACGUCGGCGUUGUUAACCGUGAGUGCGAACGAUUCAAGCUCAGAUCCCUCACUGAAGACCAAUUCAAGUCCCUAAUACUCAUAUGCAGUCUUCAGUCACCCAAAUUCUCCGACAUCAGAACUCGUUUGCUUAACCGCCUUGAACAAGAUCCAACACUGACACUUAAUGCGAUCAUAGACGAGUACCAGCGCAUCAUCAAUCUGCAGCGUGACACCACUUUGGUUCAAUCUGGUGGCCAGGGUGGUUCCGAAGUUCAUGCUGUUCAGCACCAAAGAAAAUCUUCGAGAUCGACGACCUCGAGUCUUUCGAAUGCCAGCGCUGUUUCUGUCUCUAAUCGCUCUAAACCGGCUCAGAAGAAGCCCCCCUCUCCAUGUUGGCACUGUGGAGCCUGGCAUUAUGUGCAGUUUUGUCCAUUCAAACAGCAUGUGUGCGAUCGCUGUCAGAAAGUUGGUCACAAAAGCGGCUUUUGCAAAUCCAACCGAUCCAAUAACCGUCGAAAUGCACAGACGCAGCGUCGUUUUCACAAAAAGCCGAUCACCUCAUCAAGGAGUUUAGCAGCAGUCUUCCAUACUCAUGCCGCGACUCGACGCAAAUUUCUGACCCUCUCAAUCAAUGGUCAGCCAGUUCGUUUGCAGUUGGACACUGCAUCAGAUAUCACCAUUCUGUCGAAAAAGACUUGGCGAACCUUGGGUCAACCUCCCAUCAAACCAUCCUCUCAGACAGCCGUCAGUGCCUGUGGGGGUCAUCUCCGCCUUCAUGGUGAACUUUGUUGCUGCAUUUCAUUCAGAGGUACAACCUUCAAUAGGACAUGCUACAUCACCAAUUCUCCGCUCAACCUUUUAGGUUUAGAUUGGUUCGAAGAACUUGGUCUCGCUGAUCUUCCUAUUAACGCUAUCUGCAAUCAAGUUCAAACUACUGCAUCGACACAACAGCAUGCUGAAGACCUUCGAAAACGAUUUAUUGAACUAUUUCAGCCUGGUCUCGGACUUUGUACCACAACUGAAGCUGUUUUAAGACUGCAGCCAGAAGCUACGCCAGUUUUUCGCCCAAAGCGUCCAGUCCCAUACGCAUCUUUACCUCUGGUUGACGCUGAACUUCAACGUUUAGAAACUGAGGGUGUUCUGGUACCUGUUUCUUAUUCAUCUUGGGCUGCACCAAUUGUGGUUGUAAAAAAAUCUAAUGGUUCCAUACGCAUCUGUGCAGACUUUUCCACAGGACUCAACGCGGCUCUACAACAGCAUCACUAUCCGCUGCCGAUCCCAGAUGACUUAUUUACUAUUUUAAAUGGUGGUACCUAUUUCGCUAAGCUGGAUCUGGCAGAUGCUUACCUUCAAAUUCCAGUCGCUCUAGAAUUCAGAGAGUUGUUGACAAUCAACACUCACCGAGGACUUUUUCAGUAUACCCGGUUACCCUUUGGUAUCAAAACUGCUCCGGCGAUCUUCCAGCAGAUCAUGGACACUAUUCUAGCAGAUGUUCCUGGUGUUGUUACGUACCUUGACGAUGUCCUCAUUGUCGGCGCAACUGCUGAUGAAUUGAAUACCAGAACUCACUUAGUUCUGCAACGCCUCCAGGAUAAUGGUUUUCGCCUUCGCCCAGAAAAAUGCCAUUUCUUCUUACGUUUCGUUAAGUACCUGGGGUUUAUCUUUGAUGCUUCCGGACGACAUCCUGAUCCUCAAAAUACUUACGCAAUCCAACAAAUGCCUGCUCCCACUGAUGUCUCCUCACUGCGAUCAUUUUUGGGAAUGAUUAGCUACUAUUCAGCAUUUCUUCCAUCACUGCAUGACGUACGAUAUCCACUGAAUCGUCUGCUAGAAAAGAAUGCUACUUGGAAUUGGUCAACGCAAUGUGAGUCAGCCUUUUCAAAACUUAAAGCCAUGUUAAGUUCCAAUCUUCUGCUAACCCACUACAAUCCGAAACUACCCAUUGUGGUUGCUGCUGACGCUUCAACACAUGGACUGGGUGCCGUACUCUCACAUGUCUUUCCCGAUGGGUCAGAGAAAGCGGUGAUGCAUGCUUCGAGAACACUAACACCUGCUGAAAAACGCUACGGUCAGAUAGAGAAGGAAGCGUUAGCCCUAAUUUUUGCUGUCCGGCGAUUCCACAAAUUCAUUUACGGACGCCGUUUCACCUUGCUCACAGACCACAAGCCCUUGUUAUCAAUCUUUGGAUCAAAGAAAGGCAUUCCUGCCCAUUCUGCUAAUCGUCUUCAACGUUGGGCGUUGGCGUUAUUGGGGUACGACUUCGACAUCCAGUAUCGACGUUCGGAAGAUUUUGGUCAAGCGGAUGCACUGUCCAGACUUAUCAGUAACCAUUCUACUACUGAUGAGGACACACUCAUAGCCAUAGUAUCAACCGAAGAGGAUUCCGGUGCUACAGUAUUAGCGAAUGCCAUUCGAGCAAUGCCUGUUACCGCUGAAGAUGUUCGGGAAGCUACCAGAGAGGACCCGAUUAUCCAAAAAGCGAUCACCUAUGUUCAGAGUAGAUGGCCAGUUAAGCAGCUGAGUGGUGAUAUGCAACAGCUAGCGAAUCGUCGCAGUGCUCUCUGUAUUGUUAACGAUUGUCUGAUGUUCGGUGAUCGCGUAGUAAUUCCAACAACCCUACGUUCCAAGAUCCUACACCAAUUCCACUCUGGACACCCAGGGAUAAACCGUAUGAAAUCCAUCGCUCGCAGUUAUGCAUAUUGGCCGAAUAUGGACAAGCAGAUUGUCGACUUCGUCAAAAGAUGCUCGCAUUGUCAAAAAGCUGCGAAAAAUCCUCCUAAGUUGCCUCCAGUACCCUGGCCAAAGUCAGAAAAACCCUGGUCGCGAGUGCAUAUUGACUUCAUCGGACCCCUAGAUGGUACCACAUAUCUGAUACUGGUUGACUCCUACUCCAAAUGGCCGGAGAUAUUGCCAAUUGCGCCACCAUCUACAACUCGAACUAUCAAACUCCUUAAUCGGAUCUUCGCUCAGCAUGGUCUUCCAGAAACAAUAGUAACAGACAAUGGUUCGCAAUUCACAUCUAGCCAAUUCCGAGAAUUUUGCCUGCAAAACUCGAUAAACCAUGUCCGUUCUCCGCCAUAUCACCCGCAAUCUAAUGGACAAGCUGAAAGGUUCGUUGAUACGUUUAAGCGAGCUAUGCUUAAAUCACGAGGGGAGGGGACCACAGAAGAUAUCAUAGAACGAUUCCUAGUUGCGUACCGGACGACCCCGCAUGACUUAUUGCCAAACUCCAAAUCCCCUGCUGAGAUGCUUAUGGGGCGAAAGCUACGGACAGUUCAUUGUGCGAUGAAACCUAAGCAAGUGGCGCAACAAAAACCCCAGAUGAAGAAUACUCGAAUUCCCUACGAAGUUGGUACAAAAGUGUACGCGCGAGACUAUAGACACGGAUGUGAUAGAUGGGUAGAGGGUGAAAUCACAAAGAAACAUGGGGACGUCAUGUAUGAUGUCAAAGUGAACCAAGAAAUCUGGACCAGGCACCACAAUCAAGUCAGGCCAAGGGAAGCGAAGGAGAAAGAAACAAUUACAAAAAGCGUUCCACUCGACUUGCUGUUGGACACGUUUCAACUUCCGCCAAUACCUCCAACAGAGACGACUAAGUCAUCUACUCAAGUAGAACAUCCUUCUGGUUCUGUGUGGUUGCCUCGGAGGUCGGAUCGCAAAAGAAGACACCCAAAGAAACUUCAAGUAAAUCCUCGAUUACGUCGCUAUUAACUUUUCCAAGGGGAGGUGUUGGGAUAUUCAGAAAAAUAUCCCAAAAACAAUUAUCCGGUUAAGUCUAAUGCUACCCUUGAACGUUAAAUGGUGUCAUUUUCCUAUUGGACGUUUCCCUACUAAUCAAUAUUUAUUUCGCGUGUCAUUUCCCCAUUGGUCAAUAUUAUUUCACGUGUUAUCUUUCUGUUGGUCAAUAUUUAUAGUAAUCCUAACUGUAUAAAUAUGCAUUUGUUUGUAAAUCAUGAUUCGGCUUCUGACCCCAUAAACAAUUUUUCAUCUACGGUUCGUGUUCUGAUAUAUUGGAGAUUGGGAAUAGUAUUGGGGUCAAACUGGGAUAUCUGAAGCUAGUCAAUCGGUAGAAAUUAGAGUAGUCACCUCGCGAUACACAAUAAAUCCGCUAAUCCGUUUAGGGUAGAGACAGGUAUCUACCUCAGACAAUGGAAGAUGGUAGCGCGAUUUCAAGGAUUGGUUGAG